AUGUUAAAAUUGUAUGAAACAUUCGGGAUAGCUUUCAAAGAGACGGCCAUGGAAUAUUUGCAAAACGCUAGCCUUAAUGGAUUUCAUUUGUUAUACUACAUUAGACGACAUAAAUAUCAACGACUGUUCUGGUGUGUUUUUCUAAUGGCUGGAAUUAUUUGCGGUAAUUAUGUAACGCUUGGAAGCGUUUUUGAAAUUUUAAAAGAGCCAACUGUGACCACACUUGAAUCGAGUCAGUACAGUAUACAGAAAGUGCCCUUCCCAUCGCUGGAAAUAUGCAGUGUAAAUAAGAUGAGCCGAAGUGCAGUGAAUGCAUAUAUAGAGGAAAUGCGCAACCAAACAGAUCCACCACUAUCUCAACAACAGUGGUUACAAAAAGUUAAAUUAUUCGCCGGCUUCUUCGACAGUGGUUCCGUAGAUUUUAAGGAAGUUGCGGAAUUUCAAGAGACAUUUUUCAACAAACAAAAAUAUAGUGUUAGGGAAACUAUAGCCAAGCUAGCGCCCAAAUGCGAAGAUCUCAUAUUGAAGUGUAUUUGGGAAGGGAAAAUCUACGAAUGUACUAAACUUUUUACUAUGAAUUUUACGCCGAAUGGAUACUGUUGCACCGCCGAAUUCCAUGACGAACUUAAGUCUCGAGGCGGUAAUAUAAUGUUACAGGGUCUCUCCUUGCUUUUAAAUACAUCCAAAGAUGAUUACUUCGUAACGGAUCGCAGCUUUGCUGGCUUCACAUUACAAAUAUUUAACCGAGGUGAUUUUCCUGAUGCUUCCAUAGGCGGUAGUGUUCAGGAAUCGUUUAUACCACGGGGCAGUGAUGUUGAGUUGCGUGCAAGUGCCUUCAUACAGACAUCCACGAGUGAGUUGAGCAUAUAUAGUGUAAAGCAAAGGAAUUGCCUUUUCUAUGGUGAAAUUAUCGAUGGUGGCAAUGAAAAGUACAGCAGAGACGUGUGCAUGACACGAUGCAAGUCCCGUGGUACAUUACAGUUAUGCGGUUGUAUACCAUAUUACACACCUUUGGAGUUUAUUAACACAAAUACCACCCCUAUUGUACAUUGUUCGCUGGCGCAUUUGGAGUGUUUAGAGCGAAAUCGAGUAUCCCGACUUUCGGACGCAUUUUUAAUACCAGCGAAUACGAAAAUUCUGAAAUUAAUCGGAAAGGAGCGAAAAAGUUCCGCUAAAUUUAAUUAUUCUUAUGACGCUUUACUAGCACUUAUCAAAAGCUCGGAUGACCUUAGCCUUGUUAAAAUUUAUUUUGAUACAUUGUACGCUACCCAAUAUUCGAAACGCUCACUCUACAAUUGGUACCAAAUGUUAUCAAAUAUUGGAGGAAUUAUUGGAAUUUUUAUCGGAUGCUCGCUCAUUAGUGCAUUCGAAAUUAUUUAUUUUUUCAGCUUCAAGCUAAUUAAAAACAUUCGCAAACACAACCAAAUUACAAGAACUGCAUAUCAGUAA